CCAAUCGCCGGCUCGUCCUCUGGCAAAUCACCCGCCAACGCGAACCCGCAUCGUGCGUCCAAACUGACGCAGAAGCUUGUGUUUCUCCCGUCCGACCCGCAGACGAAGCCGCUCCUCUCCGAGAUCGACGAGGAUGCGCACGGGUACGAGACCGACGCGGGUGUGCGCAUGCGCGAGCACAAGUCGGAGGGCGAGCGGAUGACCAAGGCAGAGCGGCGCCGUGCGAGGUACAGGCGGAUCACUGCGUAUUGUGUCGCGGAGGGCCUGAAGAUGAAGUUUUUGGCGAGCUUUUUGAAGCGGGAGCACAACGUCAUGCCGAGGGUGUUCGAUGAGGCUCUCUAUGUCAUGUAUCAUCUCCCACUUCUCCCUGGCUAUGGUCCGACAGUCAAUAUCCGUUCCUCCGUACCUGCGCAAGACCGUCAUCUUUCCCGCAUGUCUGAAGCCGAGGAGAAUGGCUACCAGGGGACCUACUUCGGCACCUCGGCCUCUGAAACACCCUUUUCCCUCCACGACGGGUACAUUCCCUCAUCAUCACCCCUCGAAAACCUCAACACCUCCCGUUCUCAUCCGGAGACCGAGACCGAAGCUGAGACAACAGAGAUAGAUGAGCCUUCUAUCGACGAAGCCCCUGCGAGAGAGGGGAGGGCAGACAAAGCGCGCGCGUUGGAGCGGGAGCGUGUGGAUAGCGAGAACGUGGCGGAAGUGGUGUUCUUUGCAUAUGGCGUGAUUGUGUUCUUUGGGCUCGAUGAGGAGCAGGAGCGCAGUAUUUUGGAAGACGUCGAGGGGGCGGGGGCAAUACGGCGGAAGCUCCCUGAGGCGGAUUGGGAGGUUGAGGAAUGUCAUUAUGCUUAUGACCCUACGAUCGCGUACCCACGAAUUUAUAACGACUUUUUCACAUUUAAAUCGCCCUCGCACCUCCUCACGCUCUCCAUAUCACACGCGCUCGCCCAAUCGACGCUCCUCGCGCACUACGAGUCCCUCGCGCAUGCGAUCUUCGCCGACCCACGCACGACCUCGAUCCCGCGCCAGCUCGCGUCGACGGGUGCGCUGAACCUCUCCCGCACCCAGGCGAUGCGGCUCACGGGGCGCCUCUUCCGGCUCCGCCGCGACGUCGUGCUCGGCGGGAACGUGCUCGACGUGCCUGAGCUGUUUUGGAGCGAGGCGAGCAUGCGCGGGCUGUACGACGCCGUGCGGAGCUAUCUUGAGAUCGGGGAGAGAGUCGGGAGCUUGAACGAUAGGCUGGUGGGGGCGAACGAUCUGCUCGACGCGAUACACGACCAUUUGAACAAUAAUGCCAUGGAGCGAAUAACGUGGAUCAUCAUUUGGCUCAUUGUCGUCGCGAUCAUGGUCGAGCUUGGUGAAGUUAUCGCUCGCCUCAUUGUGCAUGCGACA